GCCUGCCGCUGCCUCGGCACCAUGUCCUCGGAGGGCAGCGACGACGUGGUGGCGGCCGGACAAACGCCUAAAGCCAAGCGGAAAGGAGGAAGAAUCGUGCAGUCUCGCUACCUGCAGUUCGAUAAGAAAGACGGCAAGAAGGAUGCUUCAUCAAGUUCCUCUUCAUCAAAUACUUCUCUGCAAUCUUCUAGAGCUAAAGCACCAUCGGUUCUCUCUCAGAAACGUGAAACUCAUGCUGGUGCUGACUACAGCACAUUAAACCAGAGUGGUUUUGAGAAGGAUGACUUGCAGUCCACGUUAUUAGAUGAAGAAAAAAUGAAGCUACCAGACCUUGAUAUUUCUGCUAUUACUGAUAAAAGUGGUCCCAAGAAGAGUUCUUACUCAGAAUCUGCUUCAGGAGGAGAUUCAAAGACAAAGGAAAUAAGCACAGUGACUGAUGAGGAAACUGAUUCUCAGGAUCUGAUGGCAGAGCUGGAAUCUGAGACACUACUUUUAACUUACCUAAGAAUAAAGACAGAAAAAAAGGUUGCCAAGAUGAAGGAAAAAGCAGAAGAAAACCUGCUAAUGUUGUGUGAAGAAAAGCGGAGACAACAGGAGAAGCUCUGGGAGCUGAAACGUGAAAUUCUGCUUAAGGAGCGAGAGCAGAAGCUCAACGAAACUUUAGACAAGCAGAUAGAAGUGCUGACUCCCCUCAUUGCUGUCUGUGAGCAGUUUAAAGAGCAAUACAAAAGCUUUGCAUCUUCCCUGGAUGCUACAAGACACGAAUUACCCAUAAAGAAUAUUCACAUAGAAGGAGAUAAGAAAACCUACCUUGAUGAAUUGGGAAAGCAAUUAAUGAUCACACAGGAGCUUCUGACAGAAGUUAUGCCAAAACACUCAGAGGAUACUGCAAAAGUACUUGGUGCAGUGAAAGAACUUAAAGAAGUGUCUCAGCAACUGAGUAAAGGUCUUCAAAGGAGUUUCACAGAUGUGCAGAAUCUGUCCUUUGAAGCCUGUAAAGAAGUUUCUCUGCAUAACCAAAACGUGUGUGAAGAGAAACAUGGAGCAGAUGUUGUGAAACGCUGGUAUUUCAACUGAGUUUCUACAUUGUUUUACUACUGAGUAGGUACUAACUCAAAGCCAGAAGACAUGUUAGCCUUUUACUUCUUGUGUGGACAUACAACUUGCCCAGUUUUCCAGUGAAGCCAGCAGCAGGGGUGCUCACUGAUGCAGGAAUUGGAGAGUUGUUCUGCAGGCUGUCCCACAGGGAGACAUGGCUGCUCGAUUUAAAAGGGGAUUUCUGUGACAGGUUUUCUAUCACUUUCUGCCUUGACAGUACUGAAAGGUAAAUGAUCAGAAGUGCUAUUCCUGCCAAAUCUGACCUGUGUGGUAAUCCACAGCCUGAGGUUGCUCACUGAACAACUUCUGCAGGAACUCUUGAUUUGUCCCGUAUUUCUGGGUGUGCUGGGUGGGUAUUAAGUACUUGGAAGAAGCCUGAUCACUUUGAGCAAGUGAGAAGUUUUGGUAACUGGUUGCCUAAUUGAGUUGUAAAUAAAUUAUUGAAAUGACAAAUGCUUUUGU